GAUAGCGGCUUCGCCCUUUGUCCUUACCUACCCAUGGCCCCAACAAAAGCGUCGAGCUCCUCGACUUCAGCACCGUCCACCGCUUACUCCCUCGCCAUUUUGACCGAAUACACGCAUACACUCGAUGCUCUCCCACCCGAGCUCUCACGCACCAUGGCCGAGCUUCGUGAACUCGAUGCUGUACUCUCCUCAUCCCUGUCCUCCCUCACCACCAAAAUCCAAAACCUUACCGAGAUGAUAGAGCAACGUGUUGGCUCCCCGGCCCAGCGCCUGUGGCUACUGACCGAGUUGGCGGAGGAGGCCCAACGUCUUCGUUUGGGCGGCGAAGACAAAAUCCGUGUCGCCCACCUCGCCGCUGAUACUCUUAAGGUCCACAAUAGCAAUCUGAAGACUCUGGCAGAGAGUGUACCCGAUUUCGAUAACUCCCUGCUUAUCCGGCGCACAACCUUCCCCCAUGUUUCGACGCGGCCAUACAUGCAGCCAGUCGUCACUGAAGGCAGACGAAGAAGGGCAGCGGGGGCAGGGGCUUCUGCGAACGUCAGUGCAGCCGUCGAUGCGAGCCCUGCCAAGCGCAAACGUGGAGCUGGACGAGAUGACGAGACCCCGCGCAGAGAGAGAGCUGUGGCCCGAAACGGCGGGCGCAAAAAAGUCGAACGAGCACCAUCGCCCACGGAUUCACUCCUCUCAGCUACCUCGCAUAUCCCCCAACCCUCCACCGCACGCACAGCAGCGCGCGCGUCAGCCGUCGCCCACGCGAACGCGACGGCAUCCGCCUCAAGUGCACCAAAACGCCGUGCGGCAGCGCGCGGCGGAAGUAACCAGCCCGAAAUCUACACUAACGGCGAUUCAAACCACCUCAACGGCGUCCAACCCCCGCAAGCCAAUGGGAGAUUCAACGUUCCGCCGUCGGCGGCCCAUCCGUCGCUCGCAUCUUAUCCCACGGGUCCUGGGAUCAGCAACGGACACGCGACACCUUAUGAACUGCACGCGCGUGUCAUUGGUCCUCCUGUGGCUGAUUGGACACCGCCGCCACCGGGCAUGCUCGAGGGACCGGGCAUGCCACCGCGGGCUAUCGCGCGAGGCGCCGCCGCCGCCUUCAACGCCGGCGAUGUCGCUGUCGCUGAGGGUGCCAAUGGAGAGGCCGGCGGCGAUGGCGAACAAGACGCCGAUGAUGGUAAGCUGUACUGCACUUGCCAGCGGGUCAGCUUUGGGCAGAUGAUUGGUUGUGACGGGGAUGACUGUCAAUGGGAAUGGUUCCAUAUUGGAUGUGUCGGACUGACCGAUUCUCCGCAAGGCCGUUGGUAUUGUGACUGGUGUCGACAGAAAAAGAACAAGAGACCCACUGCUCGCGGAGGCCGAAGGAAAGCCACAACUCGAGCUUCUCGUGGCUAGCAAGACGAGGAACUCUUUUUAUACACUAUGUAGAUCUCUGUACCUAUUCUCGUCCUCCCCGCUUGAUCAUCUCAUCUCAUAUUCGUUUGAUAUACUGUCAAUCAGUGGCACUGCAGCGCUGUCAGGAUCGAUCAUCCGAUUCUUCGUUCUUGCUCUUCCAGUCCUCGAACAAAGCUUUCCUGAGCUCGCGACCCAGCGCUCGCGAAAUCUGCCACGGCACAGCAUUGCCUAUCUGGCGAUGGAACUGCUCUAGGCAGUCAGAUUGUGGGGCACAGCAAAAGUUCCGGCACUGACAGUGACGACGCUUCCCUCUGGCCUAUCGGCCACGAAAACAAACCAGUCUGGAAAUCCCUGCAAGCGAGCGAGCUCUCGGACGGUCACCAUCCGAAGACACUGUCGAUUUAUCAGUGCAAGACGAUGAGGGAACGACAGGUGGACUCACGGUGGGAUGCAGGACCUCGCCUUGUUUUGCAGUAGGAUGCACGUUCGUGACGAUGUGAGACGGCGGGUCGAUGCAAAUCCUGCCAUGACUUACUCCCGCGGUAUCGAUUUCGCCCAACAGCCGAUGUCGCACUGUGGGUCUGGUAUUCACCCACGUGGUCGCCCAGAGCUUGGACCAUUCAGAUAAAAAGUAGUUUGCUAUUGCCUUUGCGGCUCACCUCUGAAGUUGGCACCCGCCUCGACGGGAACCAAGAUCAUCCUAGAGGAAGUUUAGGCUAUCCAACUUCGAUGAUCCGCUGAUGAUCAAGUGACCCACCUUUCGACGGUCCUGGAAAAAAAGCACUUGGUGAUAUGCUGGAUGUCUGUAGUCAGACGCUCUCUCAUCAUACGCUGGUAGCUUGUCCUCGGCUCAUGGGUAUACUGAACAUCCGGUCCGCGCAUGCCAACGAAGAGCUGUCCCGGCUCGUUGCAUCCAAAUGAUCGUAUUCCUGGUCUGGUGUUGUGUUUAGGGUGUUUC